ACGACGGACGACGUCGCGACGCUCCCCGCUUCGAACGCUCCGUAUCGCUCGACGAAAACCGAAUUUUCGCGACAAAAGAAAAUUUUCGCCGAAUUAUUUCCUUCUAGUUGGAUUUUUGACUCGUUUCAAAACUGUGUUUCUUGGAAGAUAUUUUGAGUGUGUUCAGUGAUAAUUGAGAAUUACUGAGUGGAUUGUGUCAACAGUUUUUUGUUGGUUUUUGUGAAUGGAUGUACAGGUGUAGUCGUGAAUGGUUGUUGCUUAAUAUUGUCGGAUUCUGAAGUUGAUUUCAAAAUUUUGCUGAAGGUGUUCAAAAAAGACGAUGUUGUUGCUGAUGUGAACCUCCGUUAUGUAGUGUGACCCUGCAACUUAGUGUAAAGUGCGAGUGUAGUGCAGUGUAGUGUAGUGCGUGAUGUCAGAGUGAGGCCCACACAGGCCAUCCAAGGCCAUGAGAAGGCCAAGGCUCAAAUGUGCCGCGUGGGCCUGGCUUGCGGUCCUCGCGGCCUUAGGAAGGACCACCGCGUACACGGACACUGAGGAGUUUUUGAGUGACCUUGAUAAACCAGUGCCAACAUCAGACGUGCAGGGAGUGCUGGGGAAGAAAGCAUCACUACCGUGCGACAUUCAGCCGCUGCACUCAGAUGACGACGUGGUGAUGGUGCUGUGGUUCAAGGAGUCUGAUGGUGACCAGCCUUUGUACAGCUACGACAUCAGAGGCCGCUCCAUCAACCAGCCGAAGCUCUGGUCUUCUCCCACGGUCUUCGGGAACAGAGCGUUCUUCCGCGGCAGUGCGACUCCCGCGGUCCUCAUGGUGGACAAUGUGAUAGCCAGCGAUGCUGGCGUUUAUAGAUGCAGGGUAGACUUCAAGAAUUCGCCUACUAGGAACCUCAAAGUUAAUUUUACUGUUAUUAUACCACCAAAUCGUCCUACAAUAUACGACGCAAAGAGAAGAGACAGAACGAAACUAGUGGAGCCUUACAACGAAGGAUCCAACGUCCUGCUCAUAUGUGAAGUAGAAGGAGGUAGACCAAGGCCACGGGUGACGUGGUAUUUAGAAAAUGUGGUGAUAGAUGAUUCGUUCGAGCAAAGAGCUGAUGGUGUGACGGUGAAUACGCUGACGUUCCCCAACGUUGGCCGCCAACAUUUGAACUCCAGGCUCGUCUGCCAAGCCUCCAACACCAACCUCGCGCAACCUGAGACCAAAGUCCUUAUUUUAGAUAUAAAUUUAAAACCAAUAACAGUGAACAUACUAACAAAAGAGAAGCAAGUAUCAGCUGACAAGAGGUACGAGGUGGAAUGCAAAACGACAGGUUCGAGACCAGAGGCUUACGUCACGUGGUGGAAGAAUAAUAGACAGCUGAAGAGGAUGGCGAAAAAUUUUUCCGAGAACAACGAGACGUUGAGCGUGCUCAGCUUAGUUCCCAGCGUAGAGGACGAUGGCAAAUAUUUGACGUGCCGAGCUGAAAACAAACAUAUACAGGACUCUGCUAUUGAAGACAAAUGGCGGCUCAAUGUGCACUAUGUCCCAAUAGUGGAUCUGAAGAUGGGAUCCAACCUGAACCCUGAUGAGAUCAAGGAGGGUGAUGACGUUUACUUCGAGUGCACUGUCAAGGCUAAUCCCAAGACACAUCGCCUCGUCUGGUUUCAUGAUAACUCAGAAAUCUUCCACAACGAAGGUGCAGGGAUUAUCCUGAGUGCCCAAAGCCUGGUACUGCAGAGUGUCACCAGGGCGGCUGCGGGAGACUACACUUGUAUGGCAGCCAAUAGUGAAGGGAAAGGGACUAGCAAUCCUGUCACACUGCUGGUUAGAUAUGCUCCAGUCUGUGCUGAAAGAAGAGACGGAGAACUGUUUGGUGCUCUCAAACAAGAAACAGUAUCCUUACAUUGUUCCGUGGACGCGAACCCAGCACUCGUCUCCUUCCACUGGACAUUUAACAACUCUGGUGAACAAACGGAACUGCCACCAAAGUUAUACAGCAGUCACGGCCACACGUCGACCCUCAACUACACUCCAACCACUGACAUGGAGUAUGGAACCCUGGCCUGCUAUGGAGAGAACGCGGUAGGGCAGCAGAAAGUACCCUGUCUCUUCCAGCUGGUUGCUGCAGGACGUCCAUUCCACCUGCAGAACUGCUCGGUAGCCAACCAGAGCAUAGACUCGUUGAACGUGGAGUGCGUGGAGAACUUCGAUGGUGGCCUCCCUCAGACCUUCCUCAUGGAACUGCUGGAAUUGCCUUCACUGAUUGUCCGCUACAACGUCUCCACAAACAGAACUCCUCCCUACUUCGAGAUCCGUGGUCUUCCACCAGGAGUCAGCUACAGGAUCGACCUGUAUGCAGUCAACGCUAAAGGAAGGAGUGAUGUGUCUACUAUUGAAACUGUCACGCUCAAAGGACAAGCUAAGUUCACGGGAGAAGGUAGUGCACUUGGAAUGUCACCGGUGCUGGCGUCCAUAGCAGCGAUGUCGGCUCUGCUGGCGACUGCAGUGUGUGGCGUGCUGGCUGUGUUGUACAAACGACACGCUGCCAGACAUCGGCAUCUGCCUGCUAAGCAUGCACCGUUGAGUGAAGCCAUGUACGUAGAACGAGCACCUCACUGCCCGACUCCUGUGAAGCAAGAUGCGGAGUCCCGCGCCAGCAGCACUGAGCCUCGGGACCGAGGAGACAGGGAGCGCACGGCAAGAGGAGCGCUGCUCCACACAGCUGAUCCAAGAGACGCUGAUGAUGCAGACCCUGAUAUUAUUCCCAGUUUAUAUGAACGGAGGCCAGUAUCCAACGGGUACAUGAGUCUCCAACGCCCCCCCUCUUCAGGGAAGAUCACCAAGCUCAGCGGCGAGGACGUCCGCUCGGAGCCCGACGGGGGAGCCUACUACACAGAUUAUAGGAAAAAAGAUUAUAGAAUACCUUUAACUAGUUCUUAUCAUAGUUUAGGACGCGUCAACAAAGGCGUGAAUGCGUGCAGCCCGAGUUCAGCAACAGGCGUGACGUCAUCACUGACAGCCCACCGACUCAGACCCGAAGUCGUGACGACCUCGCAUCGUGUGCAAGAGAGCUGUAUAUAAAGUUGUCUACCCAUCCUCUGUACAUAGACUUUAAACUAAGUAUUGACAUAAGAAUAAAGAAUCUGAAAUAGAAGCUGCUAACGAUUUGUAUUGAUGUUUCCUUCUUUGAUGUUACUUUGGGUUAUUGGCUUUGGAGGUAAUCAACACGUAUUUGGAGUCUAAAUGUAGUGUAAUAUUCUUGUGAUAUCAUUUUGGUACCUUUAGGGUGCUUUUCCACUAGAGAUGUCCUAUGUAGCUAUGUUACG